AUGCCGUUUUUGAAUACAGUCAACUUGGAGAAAAAUGCUAUUCGCAGUCUCAGCAAGAAGCAAUUCACAAAAGCCCAAAAGCUCGCGCGCCUUCAUCUCGCACGAAACGACAUCUACCAAAUCAGCCACCUCAACCUCGCAAAUCUGACAAGCCUCGAAUAUCUCGAUCUCUCCUACAACUCCAUUUCUCGAAUCGACCCUAAUGACUUCGAAAAGAAUGUGAAGAUCAACCACUUACUCUUGAAGGGAAACAAACUUUUUAAUUUGAACGGAUCGCCAUUUUCGGAACUUCAGCAGUUGAAUCACUUGGAUUUAGCGGAAAAUGAAUUGAAAGUUAUUCCAGAUAUCUUUCGCCAAAACCCUGGGCUAAUGUUCCUUUUUCUCGAUGGAAACAAAAUUGAAAUCAUAGAAGAAAAUAUCCUCGAUCCCCUUUGGCGACUUGCAACGCUCACUCUGAGUGAGAACCAAAUCAAAAAGAUAGAAGAAGGAGCUUUUAAAAAUCUUGCAAAGUUUUAUUAUUUAAAUUUGGCGAAGAAUUUAAUGGAGACUCCGAGUUUAUCGCUCGUCAAUCCGAAGAAUAUCGGGACGUCUUACGAUCUCUCCGAGAACCCCUGGAAAUGCGACUGCAAAAUGAAAGAUUUUCAUGAGUUCUUGAAGAAAUUGCCAAACAAACGGGCGAUUGAUAUAAUUUGCGCUUCUCCAGAACAUCUGAAAGGUCGUAAUCUGCGAAAUUUAACCACUUCAGACUUAUCCUGCGAGCCGCCUCAACUCUCGAAAAAUUACUCGAUUCCGAGCAUGAUUCCGUUUAUUGGAAUUCUAGCGCUGCUACUUCGUCUUCUCAUUUUCAAAAAAUCAUCAAAUGAAAAAACGCCUGCGAAAGCUUCGCUCGACUGA